AGCCGUUGAUAAAUUUCUGUGUGAUUGUGUACAUGGAUGACAUUUUGGUCUUUUCCAAAACCUACGAGUACCAUGUGGAACAUGUCGAAUGGGUGUUGCAUGCAUUGAAGGAUGCGGGUUGAAAGUGGCUCUGGAAAAAAGCGAGUUCUUUUUGUCCGAAAUUUCCUUUUUGGGCUACAUCGUCACGGUCGAGGGACUGAAACCGGAUCCCAGGAAGGUAGCAGCGGUUCGAGAAGCCCCGGCCCCGGUCACGCUCACUCAGGUUCAAGCCUUCCUAGGACUGGCCUCAUAUUAUCGACGCUUCAUUCGGAGCUUUGCCUGCCUCGCCAAGCCACUAACGAACCUGCUGAAGAAGGAGGAGCAGCUGAUCUGGACACCGGAAUGCAAGGCGGCUUUUCGGACACUCAAGGAGGCUCUGACAUCGGCACCCGUGUUGGUGCGUCCCGAUCCGACGAGACAGUUUACGCUGCAUACUGACUGGCAGCCGCAGGCGAUAUCGGCGGUGCUGACUCAACAGGGAACGAACGGAAGGGAGCACGUCAUUGAGUAUGCGUCUAAGACGCUAAGCCAGGCGCAGUCUAAUUACGAAGCAUGCAAAGGGGAAUGCUUGGCGGUGGUGUGGGGGAUUGAGCAUUUCCGACCGUAUCUUUACGGCCAGAAAUUCGUGCUGGUAACGGAUCAUCAGCCGCUGCUGUCCCUACGCCACAACACGGACUACACAGGGACGGUGGGAAGGUGGGCGGUGCGCCUGCAGGACUAUGACUUUGACAUUCGCCACCGUGCCACGCGGCAGCAUGGCAACGCCGGUGGAUUAACGCGCCUUCUGCCGCCCAACAAGUGUCCCGCCAACGAGCGACUCAUUCCAUGGAAGCCGGAAGCGAUUUCGACGGAGCCGUGCUACGGGGGGCUGCACGUGCUGCGCAAGGGCGACGCCCGACUCCCCUAUCCUAUGCGCAACUUCCCCGAGUACCUGGUGGAGCUGACAGACGUUGAGCAGUUGCCGCCCGCUGGCGAGGACGCGUGGGAGCGGCAUCAGGCGCUGUAUUCGUCGGUGGUGCUGGGCAUGUUUCCAUUCUUCGUGGAGCACAAAAUUCAUAAUGUUGACGAGUUCCUCUACAUAUACUACGUAAUUGCCAAGCCGAAGCCGGAGCGGAAGGAGGGAACAAUGACGCUUUACCCUUUCGGAAGGAUCGGAACGAAUCGCCCGGGGCUCUUACAGCUCAUCCACAUUGAGCUGCUGUCCAUUGAACAGGUAAUCGCCGCAGAAGAAGAAGACUUGCAGCUCAGACUGUGGACCGCCUCCGCCUCGUGCAGAGCGUAUAACGCGGCGGUGAUACCUGAUUACCUGGCGCGUGAGGGAGAGUCCAUGGUGGACUUCGGGCACGAAGACAAGCUGCUGCGGCCUCCAUCAUCGUAUCCAAAGCCGGCGGCCCUGAAGGCGUCGAGAAAGAGAACCGUCCCGAAGCGGCGACGAAGUCCAUCGCCGGAGGCUCAGGCCAGUCGGGUGGGGCCUGUCGAGGAGGUUGUCCAGCCUGCGCCAGUGCGCGGAGUCGAUCCGGUUCGUUAGAGAAGAGCCACCCUCAUCAUCGGGCCUCGACUGGGGGAGGAAUGCCCCGCCGAAGAACCGCGGAGAUC